GGAGGAAGUGGGUGAGUAAGAAGAAAUAUGUGACGGAGAGCAGCGGAGGACUACAGCUGCUGCAGGAGCCGCACUCCUCGACGCACCGGACGGCAGCUCCCCGGAGAACCGGCGGGCCGCGAGACCGAGUCCUCAGAAGGCUGCUGCGUCAAGGUCACCUCACGCAGGAGCGCUGACUCACAGGUUGAGUGCCUGUACAUGAGUUUGAGCACCGACACAACUGGCUGCUCCAUCCGACUGACCGAGUGUGGGAGUGGGGAGCUGGAUCAGCCGUGAGGCUCCCAUCUUCAGCGGGAAAAGAUCCGGGAGCCCCUCUGCAGGUCACUGGAGGUAUUUUAAGGUCAUCCACAGAAGACACAAAGUCAUAUUACCCCUGCUGUUUUCCCAUGUUUCCAUUUAAGGUGCUGUCUUAUGCAUGUUUCCUGCUGGUAGUUUGAACUUAUGUCUCCUUGUUCUGCAUGUAAAGGCUGUAAAUUACCACCACCCCCCGUCGUCAGACUCCUCCCAUGUUGUAGGUCCUGAGGAUCUCAGUAGACCGGCCGAGGACACCAUGUCCCACAGCCAGUCAAACAGCUGUACGGGCGACAAGGCCCCUCUAAUUCUGGAGAGCCACUUCUCCACAGAACUCUACAUAUCUGAGCCUGGCAAUGAUAGCUGCCAGUCGCAAAGCCCCUCCACGCCGCAGUGUGAAACACCCCAGGAGGAUGUAGUAGACAGGAUGGUGGUGCCGCAGCAGGUGGUUCUGAGCACUCAGAGUCCUGCAGCACUGAAGUCUGGCACCCACCAGCUCAUCCCUAAGAAUUUAGCUGUGGCCAGCCGGCCUAAGCACCGCCACCACACCACCGUGGUGACCUUCCCAUUGGGACUGGAGAACUCCAGCACCGGGAGCCGGAGCCGUCACUCAGCCAUGGGGCCAGAUGUGACUUGGGAGGAUUAUGACAGUGAUGAAGACGGUUUUGCGUUGAGAAGGAACCGCAGGAACAAGUCAUACAGAGCGGCUGUGACCAGCCUGGACAUUGAAGCCAUGGCGACACGACAAGGGGCUACAGCCACGCUGAAACCUGUCAGGGAAGUUAGAGCACCCAGUCCCGGUCCAGCUCGAAGUCCUGGACGCAAGCGAACCCUGGGGAGAAAGAGGAACCAGAACCAGCGUGGGUCUUUCAAAGAUGCCACGCCGCGCCUCUACCAAGAGAUCCGUGAGCGAGGGCUGCAGUCCACCAACCAGGAUGAGCUGCUGGAUGACUUUGUGGUGGUGGAGCCUCCCGCGGAGGACCAGGGCAUCGUGGUGAAGAGCUACCGGCCUGUGCAGCUCACCUGGAGCCAGCUGUCGCAGGUGAAGGACAUGGGCAUCCUGACGCUGAUCUCACCUCAGGAGAGAAAGAGACAAGAGGCCAUUUUUGAGAUCAUCACAUCAGAGCAUUCGUACCUGCACAGCCUGGGCAUCCUGGUGCGUCACUUCAAGAGUAACGAAGCCCUGAGGAAAACGAUGACGGCCACGGAGCACCAUCACCUCUUCUCCAACAUCUCUGUCAUCCAUCAAGUCAGCCAACGGUUUUUUGAGGAUCUCGAACGGCGUCACAAUGACAACCCAGUGAUCCGGGACAUUAGCGAUAUUGUUCAGAACCACGCCGCUCACCACUUCGAGCCCUACAUCGUCUACUGCUCCAACGAGACGUUCCAGCAGAGGACGCUGCAGAGGCUGCUGACCAGCAACACAGCGUUUAAAGAGACCCUGAAGCAGAUUGAGGGGAGCAGUGAAUGUGGAGGCCUGCCCAUGAUCUCCUUCCUCAUCCUUCCCAUGCAGCGAGUCACCAGACUGCCGCUGCUACUGGAUACAAUCUGCCAGAAAACUCCAGACAAGACAGCGGAGUACUUUGCUGCUGUUUGGGCCCUGCACGCCAUCAGCAAGUUGGUCACUAGCUGCAAUGAUGGAGCUCGGCGGAUGGAAAGGACAGAGCAGAUGUACACCAUCCAGAAGCACAUGGAUUUUGGUAAAAUCAAGCCGUUUCCUCUGGUGUCAUCAUCGCGGUGGCUGAAGAAGCGCGGUGAGCUGGCCGUCUGCAGCGAAGAGCUCAGCAUCUGGAGGGCUUUCAGCCACAGGAGCUACUACCUGUUUCUCUUCAAUGACGUACUGAUCGUCACCAAGAAGAAGAGUGAGGAGAGCUUUGUGGUGAUGGACUACGCCACUCUGGAGAAUGUGGAGGUGGAGGUCGGAGAGGAUGCAGAAGGGCGGACGUCUCCGCCGGCCAAGAACAGCUCCAGCCACUAUCUGUCCUUCAGACUGCGGAUGAGCAGGAACAGUGAGGGAAGAGCGGAGCAGAUCUCCCUGGUGGCCGAGUCCAGGGUGGACCGGGCACGUUGGAUAGUUGCUCUGACAGAACACAAGCAGGCUGAAGUCUCCACUCCUGCAGCUGGUCAGCCACAAUAUGAGGCCACCAAAGCCUACAUGCCAAAGGAGCCAGACGAGUUGGGGCUACAACAGGCUGAACUUGUCAUUGUCCUGCAGAAAGAGGAAGCCUGGUGCUAUGGCGAGAGAAUGCGAGAUGGAGAGAGAGGCUGGUUUCCUGCCAGCUGUGCCACAGAGAUCACCAACCCCACUGCCAUAGAGAACAACGUGCAACGCAUGAAGCGCCUGCGCAAAGAGACCAAUGUGUGAGUGACUCUAUAUGGCUAUAUGCCCAGGGUGGACUAAACGGAAACACCUUCUAGUAGAUUGUCCACGCUCACAUUUAGUUUUUGUUGCGACUGCAUUGCUGAUGAAUCACACUGAACACAUCAAGACCAUUACUUAUGGUAAUAGUGGUCCAGAAGGCCAUUACCAACAGACAGACGUUUACCAGGAUAUGAAAGGCAUCAAAAAUGGGCAUUCAUGGUGUCUUGGUGCACCAGGGGUCUAAGAGGGUAACAGUGUAACCAUAAGGGUCCCGGUUUGAAUCCAUAUUGUUCAUGUAGCUCUCUCCUGUCACUGACCAAUUAUUUUUAAUAACUGACCAUCAGGCUCAAUGAUCAGUCACUGCUCAACAAAUAACUAGUUGUUGCAGAUCUAUUGUAUAUUAAGGUCUUUGGUCCACCUUCUUCCUGUUCAGCCAAUAAUGAACAGACAUUUGGAUUUACUGGCCAGCAGUGGACAUUUUUAUUCCACUUGUACAGCACUCCCCCUGUUGUUUUCUUAUUGGUGUAAAAGUAAAUUGACACUUAAUUGCUGAAGCAAGUAAUGAACCUUACAUACAGCCUAGGAUUUAAUUUUAAGCGCAACAUAUUGUAGUAUGAAAAGUUUGCAAAAAAAACAAGUGUAUUCCCUACACUUGGCUUUCAUGAGUCUUGGUGUCAAAUAAAUACACUGUAUGGUUGCUUUGUUAUCCUGGUACAAAAAUGUGACAACAGAAUUCAGUUUCGGUAAAGCAUUUGCUAUUUCACAUAAAGUUCGACAUACUGUUCCAUUGUUGAAUUUGGUUGAUUAAGUAUGUAGUGCAUCACACAAGGUUAUAUUUGUACAAAUAGAUUAAUAUUUGAAAUGGACUUCAGUGUAACUAUAUAUACUAGAAAGAAAAAUUCCAUGUUUUGUGUCAAUGUUUAGCCCAUAUACUUGAAAAACAAAAUUAAAGCAAACACUUGAGACAAUUCUCUGGUUUCUGGACUUUUAUUUUAGCUUGCAUUUUGUUAAAAUGUUUGAAUACAUAAAAAGUUAUUUAAAAAUGUCAAACUGACCAGAUAUCAAAUUCCAUUUUUUCUUUAAAAACCAUUUGGUGUAAAAACUUAGGACAGAUUUAGAAAAACAUUUGCUGUUUCCCCAAAACUUUUUGUAGCUGUCACAUAAAAAUAAUGGAAAAAAAACAAGUCUGCAUAGAUUCUGCAGGCAAUCGGUGGUAAUCUGGUCAAAUGCAUGGUGCAAGCUUGUGACGAUCGUCAAGUCAAAUCUUUAUUGCUCAGAUCUUGUUUGAUGUUUCUUCUUGUUGACAA